AAAGCGACAAGCUCCGCGGGAGACCGUCUCGCGCCUGGAGGGCCCGACCCCUAGGCCAAGGCUCAUCUCUGACCUAGGAGAAGGCGGACACCCGCGAGCCAUCAAAGCUAAAGGAGCGACCUGUAAAGGCUGCGGCGGCAAGUGCACGCCAACACAGCGGCCUCGAAUACGCCGGGACCCGGGAGAGGAACUGGCCGCCGGCUGCUCCCAGCCUCACUUCUGUGUAAGGCGGCAGCCGGCAGCCGGCAGCGGGCGUCAGCGACGCGCGGUCGAGCCUCCAGCCCGCCCCCUGCGCGCCUUCCUUCCCAGUGACGCGGAGGCGGCUGGGGCAACGCGCUCUGACACACUCACACGCGCGCCCCAGCCCGCCGCCUCCUCCCGCAGCCAGGCCCCGAAGAUGGCGGCUCUCAAACUCCUCUCCUGCGGGCCAUGGCUCUGCGCCUCCGCCCGCGGCUCCAGGGGCGCCUGGUCCAAGCACUGUGUCUGCUACUUUUCAACCAGUACUCGUUGCCAUACCAAAUUUUAUACAGAUCCAGUGGAAGCUGUAAAAGACAUCCCUGAUGGUGCAAAGGUUCUGGUUGGUGGUUUCGGGCUGUGUGGAAUUCCAGAGAAUCUUAUAGGAGCUUUACUAAAGACUGGAGUAAAAGGACUAACUGCAGUCAGCAACAAUGCAGGGGUUGACAACUUUGGCUUGGGUCUUUUACUUCAAUCCAAGCAGAUAAAACGCAUGGUCUCUUCGUAUGUGGGAGAAAAUGCAGAAUUUGAACGACAGUUCUUAUCUGGUGAAUUAGAAGUGGAGCUGACACCUCAGGGUACGCUUGCAGAGAGGAUCCGUGCAGGUGGGGCUGGAGUUCCUGCGUUUUACACCAGCACAGGGUAUGGAACCCUGGUACAAGAAGGAGGAUCACCCAUCAAAUACAACAAAGAUGGCAGCAUUGCCAUUGCCAGUAAGCCAAGAGAGGUGAGGGAAUUUAAUGGCCAGCACUUUAUUUUGGAGGAAGCAAUUACAGGGGAUUUUGCUUUGGUGAAAGCCUGGAAGGCAGACCGGGCGGGAAACGUGAUUUUCAGGAAAAGUGCAAGGAAUUUCAACUUGCCGAUGUGCAAAGCUGCAGAAACCACAGUGGUAGAGGUUGAAGAAAUUGUGGAUAUUGGAUCAUUUGCUCCAGAAGAGAUCCAUGUUCCUAAGAUUUAUGUACAUCGCCUUAUAAAGGGAGAAAAAUAUGAGAAAAGAAUUGAGCGUUUAUCAGUCCGUAAAGAGGGAGAUGGAAAAGCCAAAUCUGGUAAACCUGGAGAUAACGUAAGGGAACGUAUCAUCAGGCGGGCAGCUCUUGAAUUUGAGGAUGGCAUGUACGCUAAUUUGGGCAUAGGGAUCCCUCUUCUGGCCAGCAAUUUUAUCAGCCCAACUAUGACUGUUCAUCUUCAAAGUGAAAAUGGAGUCCUGGGUUUGGGUCCAUAUCCGUUACAACAUGAAGUUGAUGCAGAUCUAAUCAAUGCAGGCAAGGAAACAGUUACUGUUCUUCCAGGAGCCUCUUUUUUCUCCAGCGAUGAAUCAUUUGCGAUGAUUAGAGGGGGACAUGUCAAUCUAACAAUGCUAGGAGCAAUGCAGGUUUCCAAAUACGGUGACCUGGCUAACUGGAUGAUACCUGGGAAGAUGGUGAAAGGAAUGGGAGGGGCUAUGGAUUUAGUGUCCAGUGCCAAAACCAAAGUGGUGGUCACCAUGGAGCAUUCUGCAAAGGGAAAUGCACAUAAAAUCAUGGAGAAAUGUACAUUACCACUGACCGGAAAGCAAUGUGUCAACCGCAUUAUUACUGAGAAGGCUGUGUUUGACGUGGACAAGAAGAAAGGGCUGACUCUGAUAGAGCUCUGGGAAGGCCUGACUGUGGAUGACAUACGAAAGAGCACUGGGUGCGACUUUGCAGUUUCACCAAAACUCAUGCCAAUGCAGCAGAUCGCAAAUUGAGAUGUGGAAUAGACAUUUAUCCCAGGCUGUAUGUUUUUCAUUUUAAACAUCCAGGAUUUAAUUGAGAGGACGUCAGUAAUCAUAGCUGCAUUUUUAACAAGCAGUUUUUGACUAGUUUUCUUCUAAGAUUCCAGGUAUUAUUUAGCUAUAGACUUUGUUCUUUCAAGUGUGCUUUGACUUUUUAAUGAAAAACAAAAGAAAACAUUUAUACAUUUAUGAUUAUCUUGUAUUAUAAGUGCUGAGAAUGUUAUCUUUACAACUGGAGCUCACCUUGGACAUAUCUUUGCCUUCUAUGAUACGUACAUUAAAUUCUUUGCAAUUUUCACCAACAUGGGCCCUAGGAAGAGUUUCAUUUAUGUGCUCUCCCUUAUAAAUAAAUAAUGACUUACUAGUCCCGAAAGAAAGAUAUGUAUGUGAAUUUGUGAGUAGGAGACAUGUUAUCUAAAUGCUUGCUUUUCCUUUAGCCGCCUGACUUUGCUUUUGAGGCUUCUGUGAUUAUAUCUUGUUUCCCUAGAGCAUCCCUCUACCUCCCACACUUCUUGUAGCUAAACAGAUGCUCAAGAAAGCAAGCAGGAGCAUUUCUAGGGGGAGAAGCACUGGCUGGAGGGAGAUACCAAAGGGUAUAGGAUCUAUUGGUGCUGACAUCUCACCAAGAAGUUGCCUUUAUAAACAAACCAACUAUACAUCUGUGCUUUGCCAAAGACUGAGGCUUAUUAUAGCAAAAGUGCUAGAAACCUAACUGAUCUACUUGAACAGUUUUAUCGUAGGAGGAAUAAUAUCUAGUGUUCUCUAGCACUGUGUGUGGUUAUGAUUAACAACAAUUUAUUGUAUUGUUUCAAUUAGCUAGAAGAGAGGAUUUUGAAUGUUUCCAACAUAAAGAAAUGAUAUAUGUUUGAGGUAAUGGCAAAAAAAAAAUUAGUGGUUGCCAGGGUUUCAGGGGAGGAAGCAGGAAGGGAGGGGGUGAUGAAUAGGUGGAGCAUGGAGGAUUUUUAGGGCAGUGAAACUAUUCUUUAUGAUACUGUAAUGGUGAAUAUAUGACAUUAUGUAUUUGGCAAAAACCCCACAGAACUAUACAACACAAAGAGGAAACCCUCAUGUAAAAUUGAGUUAACAUUGAUGUAUCAGUACUGGUUUAUAAAUGUAACAAAUGUACCACACUAAUGUAACAUGUAAAUAAUAGGAGAAACUAUGUAUGUCUGUGGGGGAAGGUAUGGGAAUUGUAUGUACUUCCUGCUCAAUUUCUCUAUAAACCUAAAACUGCUAAAAGAUAAAGUUUAUUACCAGGGAGAAAAGAAAAAGAAAGAAUGAUAUUAUUUAAAAAAAAAAAUUCUGAACUGCUAUGGCUACCUCCCCCUGUGAUUGUCUGCAAAGCUCCCCCUAGACCAGAAACACCGCUUACCAUCACUCCAAGCUUUCUGCAGUGGUGGAUACUCAGGCCUCCUGAAGUUAGAUUUUGGUUCAGAUGUAAUGUGAAGUUCUAGAAGGUUGAUCCUGGACAGUAACUUGAUAUAUAUCUCAGAAGCCUUGAAGAUACACGCCCUCUUUGAUCCAGAAGUUCCACGGCUAUGGGUUUAUCUUAAGGAAUAUCAUCUGUACAAAGCUUAUAAUGUGAAAAAUAAGUAAUCAUAUAUGGCAUAAAUUAUGAUAUGUUCAUAAGAAAGAUAAAACAGUAUUCCUUUGUAAAAAGUGCAGUAUUCCUCUGUAUCCAAAAGUGUCCUUAAGAUUUUUUCUCUGUUGUUGAAGCCCAAUGGGCUACUUGUACAAUGGCCAAGAGGUACCAUGAGGUAAUUUAUCAUGAGUCCUUAGUUACAGUGACAACAGAGUUAAAACUAAAAUAAAGGAUACUUUCAGGCUCUCAUUUCUGCUCAGAAAAGAUUCUAAAUACUGAGUAACUUUUUCUACAGAACAGUGGCUUUUCUCCCUUCAUGGCUACUUCCUUUAGCAAAGUACUUUUUAAUUCAGCCUUAUCCAAACGGGGAAAUAGUGAUGGGCAAGUACAGGAUUUGAAGAGUCAGUGAACUUCUUAGUGUUAGGGAAUAAACAUUGUAAUUAGGUUUGUAGGGAGCUUUUCCUCAGGCAUCCUCAAUUCCAGACAGUUGCCCAAGGGUAACACUUCAGAAGCUUCGUAGGUGUCAGAUGGGAGAAGAGUCUGGUCACCCUCAAGACAGACAGAGGUGGGCACAGUACAGUGCAAUAUAUCAUUCCUGUGGCACUAAGUGUAGGAACUUAUGCAUGUUUUUAAGUGAUGGUUGUCAUUGAAAAACCCUCUUUAGGCACAACUACAAUUGUUUCAUGUACAAAUUAGGCUUUUUUUGAGUAGCACACUCCAUAUAUAAAAUAGUCUUUCUCACUGAAUGCUUGAAAGCAUACUUUCUCAGUAUUGGUAAAAAAAAAAAAAAAAAAAGACCCUUCUUAGAAUGUGCAAAGUCCAUGAGAGUAGUAUAUGUCUAUAUUAGAGUUAUGAUUUGGAAAAUAUUUAUGUUGCCGAUGGUUGUUAUAUCUUCAGACUUACUUGCUUAUCAUUCCAGUCUGUUACUUUAAGAUAAUAUGAUUCUAAGAAUGUUCUAAACCUUGAGUGGCGAAACCUAAGUAGAUUGCUAUAUUCUUAAAUAUUCUCUAUAUUCUUAAAUACCUACUUAGGUAAAGAGUGCCAUGGAUGUUAAGAAAUGCAUUAAGAAAUACAAUAAAUAUUUCAAGUUGAUAUA